AUGAUGGUCAUCCCGACCCCUAAUCAGCUCGACAUUCAAACCUGCGAUAAAAGGUGCGGCCUCCACGAGUAUAGCCUUACCUGCGGAAACCUGCAUGCACUGCCCUUCGAUAUCCUUAUCUACUGCGCCAAACAAAUCAUUGAAAUCACUCAAACGACGAGGACGAGAGAGAAGCUUUAUAUUCUGAAGGAGGCCGCUCUUAUAAGUCGCAGCGUUUUAGAUGGUGGCAUUUUCGAGUUCCCUAAUCGCGUUGCAAUCGAAAUGCUCUUGAAUUGGCACUUUUGUCGGUCGGAGUGGAUAGAGAAAAACCCCGACGCGGAUACCAAUGUGAUCAAUACUGUUCUGGACCUUGUGAGUGUUCUGGAGCUUUUAGAGAACUUGCAUAUUAAUGCAAACCUCGAUAUCUCUCCAGUACUGGAAAAUCUGAAGAUCAUACCCAUCAGAGACCUCCUCAUAUAA